UGUAAUUAUAAAGAGGAUACACAUUGGAAUUCAGAAACCUUGGCAAGGAAAAAUGGCCUCUCUUCAACUCUCAGUUCCGCACAUAGCUGCUUCCCGGUUCAAACGCCGUCCGGUUCGCUGCGCUACCGAGCGCCAGGAUCUUUUUAACCGCAUUGCUCCUGUUUAUGAUAAUUUAAAUGAUUUGCUGAGUUUCGGUCAGCACCGAAUAUGGAAACGCAUGUCCGUAUCCUGGAGUGGGGCCAAAACGGGAGAUUCCGUCUUGGAUUUGUGCUGUGGAAGCGGGGAUUUAACGUUCCUAUUGUCCGAGAAAGUUGGUUCCUACGGCAAAGUAACUGGCCUUGAUUUCUCGAAGGAGCAGCUCUCAAUUGCAUCAUCAAGGCAAUACUUUCUUUCAAAGGCUUGCUACAAUAACAUUGAAUGGGUUGAAGGUGAUGCACUUGAUUUGCCGUUUUCUAAUGAUUACUUUGAUGCUAUUACUAUGGGUUAUGGGCUACGUAAUGUGGUUGAUAAACGUCGAGCCAUGCAGGAGAUGUUUCGAGUUUUAAAGCCAGGGUCAAGGGUGUCAAUUCUCGACUUUAAUAAAAGCACGCAGCCAUUUACUGCCUUGUUUCAGGAAUGGAUGAUUGAUAAUGUAGUAGUUCCUACGGCUACAGUUUAUGGCCUUGCCAAGGAGUACAAGUAUUUGAAAACUUCAAUCAAUGAAUUUUUAACAGUUUUCAAUUUGUUUGUUGAUGAAGAAGCAUUCUGUUGUCAACGAAUUUCCAAACAUUAUCUAAAUGCAGACCUUAUGUUCUGGGGAUAUGGUAUGGUUUUUCCAUGAAGGUUGUUAAACUGAAUCCUUAUUUUCGUCUCUGUAUAACUGACAAAUCAAUAGUAAAUAAUAAUGCUCUAGUUUUGCAUCAAAGUUGCCAUAUCAUACUUUUUAUGUACUUCUUAAGGUUACAUAUAGGGAUUACUUUAUCUAUUGUAGAGGCUGCGUAC